CUUGUUGUGCCUGUCGUCCUUGCACAAAAUAUUCCCAAAUAUUCACAUACACAUUCACUCACCUGCACAAUUAUUCCUCUCGAUGAAGAGAUUCGUAGAACUUUUUGAGAUUGUCGCUUCUUACGCUGACAUUGGAACAGAUGUGCCCGACGAAAAACCAUUACUUCCAAUGGAAACUGUUUUUCUAGCAAUUCUUCUUAUAAUCUUCUACUAUAAGCUUUUUAUCACUAUCGGCUGCUCAAUUUUCGAAUGGAUUUACUCGACGGAACUACAAAAUCAAUUCUCAAAAACCCUGGCUCUUGAAGAUGAUGAUUUUCAACAGCCAGAGUUCAUACGACACGUGAAAAAAUCGAAUUGUUCCCGAAAGUAGACAAGUAAUUGUUGAAGAUCCCGAUUUUUGUCCGGGAGAAUGAAUAAUUCUAAGAAUUAUUCAAAAACAUACACUUUAUGGGUCAAAUAAACUGUUUUGUUUUAAA